CGGAAGUUUUGUACAGUGUCGGAGGUUGCCCGCAGUGCUCUGUAGGACACAUGUGGAGGAUGCAGUGCUUGAGUUAAACCCGCGGUUUUUAGUGUAAAUCUGCAGUUUAGAGCUGAUUUCUGGGUCAGUGCUGGUCUGUACCUUAUUAUAGAGGUCUGUGUAUCUGGGCCCGGGCGGUAGUUUCUCUGUGAGGGGGCUAUAGAGGGAGUUAAUCGGCUGUGAAUCAGGAUGCGGCUCACUCUCAGAGCGCUGAUCUCUCAUGGACGGGUCGCCCGCAGGAUGGGUCUCGGACCCGAGUCCAGAAUCAACAUGCUGAGGAACAUCCUCACCGGCCUGGUCCGGCACGAGCGGAUAGAGACCACCCGGGUCCGAGCCGACGAGGUCCAGUUCUACGCUGAGAAGUUAAUUGACUAUGCCAAAAAAGGAGACACUAACGAAAAGUCGAUGAAAAUGGCAGAUUUUUGGCUUACGGAGAAAGAUUUGAUUCCAAAGCUGUUUAAAGUUCUCGCGCCAAGAUUUGAAAACCAGCCCAGUGGAUAUACACGAAUGGCACGUCUGCCUAACAGAGAGAACCUGGACCGCGCUGCUAUGGCUGUCAUUGAGUACAAAGGCAACCCUUUCCCACCUCUGUUUCCUGUUAAACAAGACAAUGAACUCAACCUUGUAAACCAACUUUUAAAAGGCUACAGAGAAGAACAGGCCCAACUGAGCGCAACUGAAAGCAAGUCAUAAAAUACUUUUGUUAUUUACCUUAUUAUUCAGCUGUGU